GUAGAAAGGAGAGACAAAAACAGGUGCAUGAUCCAAGAUACCCACUGCAUGGACACAUUUUCCCCAAAAGCUGAAGUUCAGAAAGAGUUUUGCCUCUGAAAAUCCCUUACUCUGUCACCUUCCACUGUGGUAUUUUGAGUGUCUAUGAACCAGACAGAAAUGUUCUGCGGAGAAAAGAAUGGGAGAGGAGAAAUCAGGAGGCACAACAGGAAGAUGGUUCAUUUAAUACCAGUUACUCCCUCUUCAGUGAACCGUACAAGACUAACAAGGGGGAUGAGCUCUCAAAUCGUAUCCAGAAUACAUUAGGCAACUAUGAUGAAAUGAAGGACUUAUUGACGGAUCGAUCCAACCAGAGUCAUCUUGUUGGAGUUCCAAAACCUGGGAUUCAACAGGCACCUGUGAACAAAACUGAUGAACAUUUUAUUGUAGAUUCAAGACCACAGCCUCAGCCUUCCAUCUGCAGCACUUCAUCAUCCAUACCAGCAGCUCUAUCUGGUCAGCAAAGCAAGAGCCCCACAAUGGGUUGGCAGAAAGCUGGGUACAGUGCUUCUGAUGGCCAGCAGAGGGCAAGCAAGCAUGGGCACAGAUUGCUUGAGUCACACAACAGUGACUUCAAAAUGGCUAACCAAAAAACCAGUCUGGAAAAGCUUAAACACUUUGCAUCGAGUCCCACAUCGUCAUCUGUCAGUGCUGCAAAACAAGGUACUUUAAGAUCCGUGCUUGGAGACAGUGUCAGCAAAACACAACAGCAGUCCAAAUUAAAUUGCAGUGUAGAAGCAGGAUCUCAGGCUCAAGAAAGGCCAGCAAAACACAGCACUGGGCACUGUGUUCAGAACUUCCCUCCUUCACUUGCUUCAAAGCCUAAUAUAAUUCAACAGAAACCAACGGCUUAUGUAAGACCAAUGGAUGGUCAAGAUCAGGCUCCUGAUGAGUCUCCAAAGCUAAAGUUAUCGGCAGAAGCUAACAAGCACUGUACAUCAUAUAGGGGAGUGCCUUCUAAUAAGCCUGACCCUGCUAUGGCCAAGACCAAGAUGGCAAAAUUUAACGUUCCCAAGCAAGAAGAGGAGAGUGGAACAGGAGAUAACAGCUGUAUUGAAGAAAUUUUGCGGGAGAUGACCCAUUCUUGGCCUCCACCACUCUCAGCUAUUCACACACCUGGAAAAGUGGAACAGAGCAAGUUUCCAUUUGCAAACAAGGAGUCGCAGCAGGUGUCUACAGGACACAGCAAUCCAAGGAAAGGUGAGGCUGAGCCAAAGAAUCCAGAAAACAGUGCAUCACAUACUUCAAUGCUAGAAGAUGACCUCAAGUUAAGUAGUGAUGAAGAAGAGAAUGAUCAGCAGGCAGCACAGAGAUCUGCUCUCCGCAUUCUGUCUGACAGCACUGUCGUGCCGCAGCCCAGUAGCAGAACCUCGGGACUCUCCAGCAAGAGGUCAAGUAGCAGCAGCUCCAGUGAAUCCGAGAGCAGUUCCGAAUCUGACUCAGAGAGUGAAAGCAGUUCCAGUGAGAGUGAUGGCAGCAAGCCCUCUCAUUACUCCAGCCCAGAGCCUGAGCAGCCAUCAUCAAACAAGUGGCAGUUGGAUAAAUGGCUAAAUAAAGUUAAUCCUCACAAAACAUCUAUUCUUAACCAAAAUGAUAACCAUGGACUGGAGAGCAAUCAGUAUUACAGCAGAAUAAAGGAUGAAGGACAGGAGUGUGAGAAAACACCAGCUAUUUGCCAAACUGAACUUAGAGACAAGGAAAUUAAGAACCCCAGCAAAGAGGAGUUGAGACCUAGAACUGCUAAUAAAGCACCAGGAAAUAAAGGAGGGAAGCAGAAAUCACCUCCUACGGCUGCUGCUGUUUCUGGAGACAGCGGCCCUCAGAGAAGGACGACUUGUAAAAAACAGCCAAGAAGAACAGAGAGGACCUCUGGUGGGGAUGCCUUGAACUGCCAUACAUCUGAGGAUCUCGCUUUGAGCCAAGUAUUUUUGGAAAAUAACAUCUGUGAACAACCUAAAGCCAGGCCCUGCAACAACAGAACUGGGCACAGAAAAGAGCCCCGCUCUGUCGCUGCAUGUGAAAAGAGACGUACCAGAGGGCCAAGCAAAACUGCACCCAAAUCCAAGGAAUUUAUCGAGACAGAGUCUUCGUCUUCAUCGUCUUCCUCAGCUUCAGAUUCAGAAUCCGAACAAGAGGAAUAUCCUCUGCCCAAACCUCAAACUGUGGCCUCUGCUUCAGGUGGGAGUGAUCAGAGGUUGAAGGACUCCGUGAGCAGUAAAACCAACAAAACUAACAGCAGCUGCAGUGCCUUUGGCUCCAUUAAUGCCAGGACUAGUAAUGAUAUAGCAAAGGAGCUGGAGGAACAGUUUUAUACUCUAGUUCCUUUUGGCAGGAACGAGCUCCUGUCUCCUCUGAAAGACACUGACGAGGUAAAAUCACUGUGGGUCAAAAUUGAUUUGACUCUUUUGUCCAGAAUUCCAGAGCGUUUACCAGAGGAGCCACUGGCAAUGAGCACUGGAGCAAAAGAAGAAGCCAGCCUUCAGCAGAAUAAUUGUACUUACCCACCAGCAGAAAAGGUUGUGCCAAAAUCUAGAAGGAAACGCAAGUGUGAAAAUGAAGAAGAAGACAGGGAGAUCAAGAAGACUCAUUUAGAGCGAGAGUGUUCUUCACGAUUAAUUGCCUCUGCCCCAGGUAUUUCAACAGCAAAUCAUUGCAACAGGAAUGAACAUAGCUUGGCGAUACCAAUAAAUAAAAAUGAGAAAAUGCUUCGGUCACCCAUCUCACCCCUCUCUGAUGCAUCAAAACACAAAUACUCCACUGAUGAUUUAACUUCUUCCAGUAGACCUAAUGGCAGCAGUCUAUUACCUUCCAUGUCCUCCAGCAAAAAACAUAAGAGUGAAAUCCAGCCACAGCCACAUCCUGCAGACUGCAAUAAAGCAGUUCACAUCAAUUCAGAAAGUGUUCCCUGCAACAAGUCACACUCCCAAACAGAGGCUUGGCCAUCUUUAUCCAGGGCACACAAAGACUGCAGAAGAACAAAGCUCAUCUUUGAUGAUAUACCACGCAAUGCAGAUCACUUUAUGCAAGAAGCUAAACGGAAGAAGCAUAAAGCAGACGCGAUGGUGGAAAAAUUUGGAAAGGCACUGAAUUACGCUGAAGCAGCAUUAUCAUUUAUUGAAUGUGGAAAUGCUAUGGAACAAGGCCCCAUGGAAUCUAAAUCCCCUUAUACAAUGUAUUCAGAAACAGUUGAACUUAUCAGGUAUGCUGUGAGACUAAAAACCCACGCAGGCCCUAAUGCCACUCCAGAGGACAAACAGCUAGCAGCAUUAUGUUAUCGCUGUUUGGCACUUCUGUACUGGAGAAUGUUCCGACUCAAAAGAGACCACGCUGUAAAGUAUUCAAAAGCACUUAUUGAUUAUUUCAAGAAUUCCUCGAAAGCUGCCCAGGCUCCAUCUCCAUGGGGUGCCAGUGGAAAGAGCACAGGAACUCCAUCCCCCAUAUCUCCUAGCCCUUCUCCUGUCAGCUCUGUAGGAUCCCAGGGGAGCACCAGUGCCCCUUCCCCCUCUUCCACUAUCAGCAUUCCACAGCGUAUUCAUCAGAUGGCAGCCAAUCACGUCAGUAUUACCAACAGCAUCCUGCACAGCUAUGACUACUGGGAGAUGGCUGACAAUCUAGCCAAGGAAAAUAGAGAGUUUUUUAAUGAGUUGGAUGCAUUGAUGGGACCUGUCACCCUACACAGCAGUAUGGAGCAUUUAGUUCAGUACACUCAACAAGGACUUCACUGGGUACGGAAUAGUGCUCACGCAAAAGACUGUAUGCCAUUCAAAUGAACUGCAUAAUCUCCCAUGGACAAUUCAGUUAUUCUGGACACUGUGCUACAGAAAUAAUCAACCAUAGCAUCCAAACAAAGGUGAAUAUUUCUUCAAUGUUGAACAACAUUUUUCAGAGUGUAGACAUAUAUGUGUGUAUGGAUAAUAUGCAGCUAUGUCUCUCCAGAAUGCAUUGUUCCAUAGCAAUCUCCAAACAUCGUCAUACUCUAGACAGAAUUGACCACAGAUGUCUUAAUACACACACACAUUCCCUAUGCCUGUGUUUAGAAAAACUCAGAAACCAAAAUCUCAUGAGUUAAUUGAACCAAGUGCAAUAAACACAAUGGCUCCUAGUCAGGAAUGCACUUACGUGUGUGUUUAACUUUAAGCAUGUGCUUAAAUGUAAUUGACUUCAGUAGAACUUAAACAUGCGCUUAAGUGCUUUCUUGAAUUAGGGACAAUGAGAGUCUGACUGGCAGUUUGGCUGCUCCAUAGAACUUUCAGUGUUAGCGCACCAUGUCCCUCUUAUUUCCUGAUUGGGAUGUAUGGAUGAAUUGUGUAGACUGAAAAAAUAUGGAGCGAGAAAGCAUUAACUUUUGUGCAAUAAGUUUCAACAGCCUGCAUUCGUUUCUUUCUUUCUCUGCUUUUGAAAUUACCUUACCUCCUGUUCAGCCUCCUUAUCAACUAUAAUGGACAUUAUCGAGGAAACAGCCUGAAAAAUGGGUGUAUUGAUAAUAAGACACUAGAAGAGAUUCUGGAAAAUUGUGUACUGUUAUUGGAGGCAAGAAGUUAACACAAAAAUACUGCAAACUGCAACCCAGUUAGCAAAGAAGGUCCAUUUAUUACAUGUUCAUAUACAUGCACACACAUACACACACAUCUAAGACAUUUGUUUGCUUUGUGUGGUGAGGCUUCACCUAGGGUGACCAGAUGUCCCUAUUUUAUAGGGACAGUCCUGAUUUUUGGGUCUUUUUCUUAUAUAGGCUCCUAUUACCCUCCACCCCCGUCCUGAUUUUUCACAUUUGCUGUGUGGUCACCCUAGCUUCACCUUACUGGCUCUGGUUUUGAUAUCUUUUCUAUCUUAAAGUAGCUUGCUUGCAGUUUCUUCUAGGCUGUAUCAUGCCAUUACAUGAAAUUCUCUUUAUCUUGGAAAGCUGGGUUUGCUGCUCACCAGACUAAGCACUGUUUCCUAUCAUAAUUCUCUCACUCGUCAUGCAUAAUC